CCGUCCCCCGUACGUCAGUUGCGCUCGGUUCGGUUUGCUGUGCGUAGUUUUGUCGAAUUAUUUUUAUUUUUCGACCAAAACAUUCGUUAAAUGAGUGUUUUUUGAUAUUGGACAGACAUUAUUAGUGUGUACGAGUGAAGAAAGCUUUGUGCGCAUGGAUUAAGUUACGAUGUUACCUCCUACGGCCGGUAUAGCACAAGAACAACGCGACCGGCCCGAUAUGGCAGCAUUUCAACAGCGUCGCGACGUAAGGGAACUGACCCGGGAGAUCAUCAGGGACGCCCGGGUUGCCAACAGACAACAAUCAACAUCCCCUGGAGCCCGCGACCGUUUCCCGUCGACGUCAUCAACGGACGACAAUGAGAGCGGCACGGACGGCGAGGCUGACCGGUCGCGGCGCGUCAGCAUGGUGCACGGUCACCUGGGCCCGCCGCCCGGCAUGAUUGCGGUGCGCAAACGGCGCGGAAACCUGCCCAAGCCUUCCGUCAAGAUCCUCAAGCGGUGGCUCUACGACCACCGGUACAACGCGUACCCGAGCGACGCGGAGAAACUCACGCUCAGUCAAGAAGCCAAUUUGACGGUUUUGCAAGUAUGCAACUGGUUCAUCAACGCGCGACGGCGCAUCCUGCCAGAGAUGAUCCGGCGUGAAGGGCACGACCCGCUGCACUACACGAUCUCGCGGCGCGGCCGCAAGCAGCCGUCGGGCGCCACGGCCGCCGCCUCGCCGUCUGAGGUCGUCGCGGUCACGUGGGACGGGGUCGAGGUCGAGAACGACGCCGACCGCAGCGCGGAACACGAAUACACCGACGGAUUACUAGUGUACCGCAGCGACGGCGACGACGCGGCCGACGGCGAGGAAGGCUACUCGUCCAGCGCUGUCUCGGAGGAGGAGGUCAAGUACGACCCCUCGGUGUGGCAGUCCGUCAUCCGCUACGGGCCGGAGGACCGCGAGUUGCACCCGGCUGCGAGAGGGACCGCGGGCGCGGUGACGGUGCGCACAUCAGAGGAGGGCGAAGCGGGCGAGGGGCGCGGGGCCGGUGGCACGGCGGAGGCGGGCGAGGGUGGCGGCUGGCACCCGCAGCUGGCGCACCUGCCGCAGCUGCCGCACCCGCUGCGCCGCCGCAUACAGGUGGUUCCGAGCGGCACGGGCGAGGGCGAGCGUGACAAGUUCAAGUGCUUAUACCUGCUCGUGGAGACCGCCGUGGCCGUGCGCCAGCGAGAGAAGGAACAGGACGAGGUGCGGGUGUAGUCGCAGGUCAGUGUCCGCCGCCUGCACUCUACCGCGAGCGCACAGGGUCCGACGUCGCCUGCACCUGCUGUGAGACCGUGGCCGUGCGCCAGCGAGAGAAGGAACAGGACGAGGUGCGGGUGUAGUCGCAGGUCAGUGUCCGCCGCCUGCACUCUACCGCGAGCGCACAGGGUCCGACGUCGCCUGCACCUGCUGUGAGACCGUGGCCGUGCGCCAGCGAGAGAAGGAACAGGACGAGGUGCGGGUGUAGUCGCAGGUCAGUGUCCGCCGCCUGCACUCUACCGCGAGCGCACAGGGU